CAAGAGCCCCUGCUAAAUUGCGCAGACUGUGGAAUGGUGAAUUAUUACAAAGUAAUGAGUGAUAUUGGCUACAAUACUGAUCACAAUAUAUACAUCUGCAAUUUGGUACAGCAUAGUGAACAAUCAAAUACACCCUAAAUCGCGCCACUGCAGGCUGCAGCACCCUAGCGGCGUCCCAGCGUACUAACAAUAACAAUUUCCCAUGCGGAGGUGUGUCGAUUGCAAAUGAAAACAAAAGUUUUUCGGCAAAAUUAUUAAUUUUUUUCUUAAGUUUUACUCGUAAUAAGAAAGAUAAUGAACUCCCUUAAUUCAAUGCGAAUACUCCUUGGGAGCAGCACUUUGCGAAAAAGUGCACCUAGUCCUUUAGUGCAGCAAAUGAGACACAAGAAAAACUUUCCUCUGACGCCAAAGAUCCAAAACCCGAUUUGGUUUCCCAAGAAAGAAAGAGCGAGUUUCGACGAAGGGUUGACGAAAGAAAACCAGGCAUUUGUCAAAGAAAUGGUUUACCGAAGAUUCGGUCCUCCGGCGAUCAUCAACGGCGUGGAAACCUUUGACCAGUCCCGCAGUGUCCUGAAGCAGGAACCGGUGGUUGCUGGCGAGUGGGCUCCUGGCGUCCGAAGGACUGGUCUGAUUGCCCGAAACAUUGGCGUCUAUCCCAUGUGGAUGAAGGACGGAACGAAAAUCGCCACCACCCUCUUGCAAGUCGUGGACAACCAUGUAAUCAAAUACAUACCACCAGAAUUAUUUAUAGACUCGAGAAAAGCACCAAGGCGGUACAAGAAUGCUGGAAAAUGGGGAUGUCUCGUUGUUGGUGCCGAAAGUGGUGACCCACAAAAGUUCACCAAAGAGUACUGCGGCCUCUUCAAAGACUCGGGAAUUGCGCCGACAAAAUUGCUGACCAGAUUUCUGGUCUCCCCGCAAGCAGCGAUCCAGCCUGGCACCCCUUUGUCUCCUCUUCACUUCCAAGUUGGAGAUCGAAUUGACGUUUUUGGCAGAACAAAGGAGAGAGGAUUCCAGGGAGUGAUGAAGAGGUGGGGCUUCAAGGGUAUGCCGGCGUCUCACGGUGUCACAAAAACUCACAGGAGAGGAGGAAACAUCGGCGCUGGCGGCAACAAAGGCAGAGUUUUCCCCGGAACCAAAAUGCCUGGUUUCAUGGGAGGGAGGAGAAGGACCAUCAGGGGGUGCGAAAUUGUCCGAAUCAACACCAAAUACAAUGUGAUCUUCGUCCGAGGGCAGGCUAUCCCAGGUGGACAGAAUGGCAUUGUCUUUUUGCACGACACCCUUCUCCCCUUGAAGUGGCACAAGACCAGUCCGAAGGCCUUCCCGACGUACUUCCCGCAAACUCAAGAAGAGGCACCUCUUGCUGACAUUUACCACCAGGACCUCCACAACUUUGCCGCCCCCAGCAUUCUGUACGAAGAUGACGAAAAGCCAGACGAGAAGAAAAAGAAAUAGGAAAUUUGUUUUGUAAAGUGAUAAUUAUGACAUAAAAAAAUCUCAUGUAAAAAGUUA